AUAUAUUUUUAUUGAAUAUGCAAAUGAGAAGGAUGCAGCGCAGGCUGUGAAAAUAGCGAAUGGUUACAAACUUGAUAAACAUCACAUCUUUAUUGUCAAUCCAUUUUCCUCAUUUGAUUGGUAAGCUGUUCCUAUUGCAGGAAGAACAGUUCCUUGAACAGUUUAGAAACGAUAGAGCUAUUCAGUAGAAAUAGAGUUUAGUUCUAGGUUUCAUUCUGUGACAUACUGUAAUGUUUCUUCCAGUAUGUUGGAUCUUGAGGAAGACUGGAGCCCUCCUGAGAAGGAACCAUAUGAAGAUAAGGUAUGUUGAAUUAACAAAUAGUGAAAAAGAAUUUAAAAAGUAAAUGUAUUGAACAAUGAUGAAACUAUUCUCUGCCAGUUCUGCUGCUGAUUGUCAGUGACGACACAAGAGACAGUAAAUCUGAGUCUUUCUUCUUGUUAACCCAUUGAGUGCCAGCAUUCUCCCUUUGACGAGUAAAAUUGUCUGGCGUUAGAGUAAAAUAAUAAAGGUUCAUCAGGGUGCAUUGCCACUUAAUGGGUUAAAUAAUAGAACUUUCAGAAUAUUUACAUUUUUGGAACCCACUCAGUUUGAAAUAAUUUUUCACAUUAGGGAAACUUGCGUUCGUGGUUACUCGAUGCAGACUGCAAUGACCAGUACUCAGUCAUUCAUGGAGGAGGGGAAAAAGUUGACAUAUAUUUGAAUACAUCGACUGAACCUGUUUUGCUGAAGGAAAGACCU